AUGUCUACACAACUCCACAAGUUCUCCUUCAAGCUCGUUUUCUUCCUCGCUCUUUCAGAUAUGCUUUGCAGCUUUUUCAGUGUUGUUGGUGAUCCAUCUAAAGGAUUCUUCUGUUAUGCCCAAGGCUACAGCACUCAUUUCUUUUGUGUGGCAUCUUUCCUUUGGACCACUACUAUUGCUUUUACUCUUCAUCGUGCUGUUGUCAAACACAAAGCUGAUGUUGAGGAUUUUGAGCCCAUGUUUCACUUGUAUGUUUGGGAAGUGGAGAUGCUAAGCCGUGGCCCUAAAAGGGUGAUCGUGAAACAAAAAGAGACACCUGAAAUUGGUGAGCAGAAUUCCCAUAUUGCCCUUUUCAUGUUUGCAUCGUAUAUUGAGAGACGACAUACUUCCAAACCUUCUAUUAUCGUGAUACCAAGGGGUAUUUCAGGGAUAGUUGUUGCUCAUAUGCUUCAUAAUGAUUUUGAGGUUAUAUUCUUAUGA